CACACCCGGCCCACCAUACACAUAUAAAUACAGGGGGAAAAACAAGAUAUUUUAACAUGAGAAUUGACAACGGGUUUCAGAGCAGUCGUUGAGCAGGAUAACAAUUCGAACUUACUGGACUAAACACAGAGGAAUGCUAUAAACGGGGUUUUACAUCAACGCAACACUGAAGGAUCGGUCCAGCCCGGUACUGGUCCGCCUCUCGCUAUUUCUCUGACCGUCGGUGGUGAUUCACCGAGCCCGGGCCGUUCACGGAGCAUUGCUAACCGGUCAGAUAUAUCUACAGAACGACUGACAGGAUUUCGGCAUGAAGUUCAAACCGAACCAGACGCGGACUUACGACCGGGAAGGUUUCAAGCGGCGAGCGGCGUGUCUGUGCUUCAAGAACGAACGGGAGGAUGAGGUGUUGUUGGUCAGCAGCAGUCGGAACCCGGACCAGUGGAUCGUUCCCGGUGGUGGGAUGGAGCCAGAGGAGGAGCCGUGUGGAGCUGCGGUACGAGAGGUGUUUGAAGAGGCUGGAGUGAAGGGCAAACUGGGCCGGUUGCUCGGUGUGUUCGAGCAGAACCAGGACCGCAAACAUAGGACAUAUGUGUAUGUGCUAACAGUGACGGAAACACUGGACGCCUGGGAGGACUCUGUCAAUAUUGGUCGCAAGCGGGAGUGGUUUACUGUUGAUGAGGCCAUAAGAGUUCUGCAGAGCCACAAACCCGUUCACGCCGAGUACCUGAGACGCCUUCAGAUCAGUUGUCCGCGAACCAACAACGGCAACCUGCUCCUGCCUCAAACAUCUCCAAACAACCUCACGCCACUCUACAGCGCACAUGCAUCAGCUGCACGCAGAUAGGACACGCACACGCACCUCACUCCCGGUGGCUGACCUCCAUUGAGUGGACAGUCACGCAAGAACCACUAACACACACAUCUCCAGAGCAUUUCUGUGUUGCCAUGGAGAUGACCCUGACAACACUUCUUAGGCACCUUGGGGACGUUCUUUAGAGGGACAAACCAAAGUCGUUACUGAGGACUUUUUUUGGGGGUGAAAGAAUGCCUUAAUAAUUUUUUUUAACGAAGUUGGUUUUGAAACUGUUACUGUUGUCCGAUUGGUUUUAUUUGGUGUAAUUUAAUGAUAAUUAUUGACUAGUUUAACAUAAAAGUCACAUGGAAGUGCACUUCCAAUAUUCUCUCACCUCCUAAUAUCUUGCUUGGCAUUCUUGGAUUGUGAUGUUGGGAAUGUCAUUUUCAUUACAUUCAGAAUUUUACCUCGUUGAUUUCACUCUGUUAGCGCCGUAAUGACCCCAAACCUUCAUUUAAGACCCAUGAGCCAAUCAAACGAGCCCUUUAUACGAGCCCUAACCUCAGUGCUGCUCCUGACAGGAUAACAGAUUUCCCCAACCAUCAGACAUUCUGAUUUUAGGGAUUUAGUUGUGAGCGGGAGGGGUGUAAUCUGGGCACAGUUUCAAAUAUGUUCUCAUUUUAUGCUCUGAUUAACAACAAAAACUGUUUGUAAAUAUACUAAAAGUCUAAAUAUGACAAAUAAUGUGUCUUGGUUUUUAACUACAAUAGCAAAUGCAUUAACUUUUCUCUUAACAAUUUCUAUGAGGUCUUUGUUUAGAUACAUUUUUGAAAGAACAGAACUGUGAAUUUUGUCUGAGAAAAGAAAAUGAUGUUAACGGGUGAAUCUCAGGAAACCUGUCAAGAACACGUGCAUGUCAUAUAUCACACCAAGAUUAAAAAAAAUAUAUAUAUAUUAAAUUAUAUUUAAAAAUAUAUAUAUUUUGGAAAUGAAGCACAUAUACGGGUUUUUCAUUCAUUUUUGCAUUAUUUUAUUGUCAAACACGUUUUUAGCCCAAUUUGUCAUUAUUUUAAAGCUAAAUAAAUAAAUAAUAAUACAAAUAUUAAACUAAUAAAUAUAUAUAUAUAUAUAUAUAUAUAUAUAAUUAUUUUAUUUAUUUUUUCGGCAAUUUUUAAUGACAAAUUGGGAAUAAAUUGUGUUGAAAAUAACAUACUGCCAAAAUAAAAAAAAUCUUAAUGGUCCCAAUAAUAUGCUUCAUUUUAUAUAUAUAUAUGAAAUGUGACCUGGACAUGUAUUCUUGAAAUUCACCCUAAUUGAGUUUUUGCCACCAGCGAAGCCUUUUUCCUCCUUAUAACUUUUAAAAUGCAAUGUACUGUCAAUUUGUGUCCAAACACUGAUGAACAUGGUAGAAGUUGAUCUGAAUCCACUUCUACACUCAAUGAAACUGUUUUGUAUUGGGUGAGCGAGCUGUUCUCAGAUCAGUGUGAGAUGCUUUCUGCUGGAAUCUCACUCAAACACACUGAAAUGUAACACGUCACUCCAGAGAUACGAAGCUGUUUGUAGGUUUCGACCAGUCAGGCAUCAUCUGACCGUGCUUGUGUAUGUUUGGCAUGCUCUGUGCCAGUCUGUCAUUUGGGUGAGUCUUUAGAGUGGUUGAACAAAUGACACUUUUCUUUAGAUUACACGAGAUGGCAGUGUGAUGUGUCAAAGGAAAAAUACACUAAAAACUACACUAACUAAAAAUGUACAUUUUAUAUUAAAAAAUUGGACUCCAUGUCUGUAGUAGAACAAGAACAGGAGUGUUAUCUUCACACAAAAUGCACUGUCUGAUACUUUAGGUAUUCACAAUGAAUUCUUCUGAUAUUGUUAGCUGUAAACUGUGAACUGCAUAAAGGCCUGGACAUUGUUAUGGUUUUGAUAGAUUAACUCUAACCUGACCGAAGUUGCCAAUGGGUCCACAGUGUAUGUUUACUGUAAUCUGUACAGAUGUUAAUAAUGAGAUUUGUAUUUGUCAAUAAAGAUUGUAUCACAUUA